AUGGAUGAUAAUGAUGGUGGUGGUGAUGAUGAUGAGGAUGGUGAUGAUGAGGAUGGUGAUGAUGAGGAUGGUGAUGAUGAGGAUGGUGAUGAUGAGGAUGGUGAUGAUGAGGGUGGUGAUGAUGAGGGUGGUGAUGAUGAGGAUGGUGAUGAUGAUGAAGCUGAUGAUGGUGAUGAUGGUGACAGUGAUGGUGGUGAUGAUGGUGACGGUGAUGGUGGUGAUGAUGGUGAUGGUGAUGAUGUUGAUGAUGAUGAUUGUUUUAAAAACUUUGCGUCCUAUUUUUGCUUUAAAACUCCCAAGUUGGCAGUUGAUGGGGAUAUGAGGGAAGAUAGACAAUAUGGAAAAGCAAAAAUCUUUAGCGAACAGAAAGGGUGUUUGGAGGAACAGGAAGAGAAAGAGGAGGAGAUAGAUGGGAUCACCAACUGA